CAGCUCACCAUCAUGAUCCUUCUAGAAGACGAGAAUGCCCUCAUCCAGGCCACCCUCACCGCCAAGUUCGCAGAGCCCGGACCGGUGGACCAGACCUUCACCGACUUUGACGAUGUCCACUACUACCUCGAAUCAUCCAAGGCGGGGCCCGUGUCCCUGUCGAUGGGCAUCAAGUGUUGGAGGGAUCUCGAACAGGCGGGCGCAAUGGAUGUGCUCAAGCGAGAGUACGGCAGCUACCUCCUGCCCCAGCCCAGGGAAGGAUACUCGGUCAGCUUGGAGAUCGACUAUGCAAGUCUCCCACAAGAUGCAGAGUCUCGUGCUGCGCUAGUCCAGUCCCUCUCCCUCCUUAAGCGUCACGCCAUGGCCGCUCCCUUCGAGCGAGCCUUUGCCCUACAGAAAUCCCUAGAAUCUAGCGCAGAGGACCCCUCAGCAGCACAAGCUGCCUCUGGAGCCACAGAUAUCAUGACCAUCUCCUACCGCGAUGACGAGGCAAUCUACAUUGUCCCAGGAGCAGAUCGAGUCACCGUCGUCUUCUCUACCAUCUUCAAGGAGGAGACGGACAAGAUCUUUGGUAGAGUCUUUCUGCAAGAAUUUGUAGAUGCCAGGAGACAGCCGAGUAUUCAGAAUGCCCCACAAGUCCUCUACUCCAACCGCGAGCCGCCACUGGAGAUUCGCAGUAUACCCGGCCUGAGUAGGGGAGAGGAUGUGGGCUACGUGACCUUUGUUCUCUUCCCUCGCCACUUCUCCAGCUCAGAGACAAUGGCAGCCACAAUCUCCCGUCUGCAGCUCUUCAGGACUUUCCUCCACUUCCACAUCAAGUGUUCCAAAGUCUGGAUGCACACUAGGAUGAGGGGCAACGUCGCCAGUUUCCUAAAGGUGCUCAACAGGGCAAAGCCUGAGAAUGUCGAAAAGGAGAGGAAGACGGCUACGGGAAGGACAUUCAAGAGGACAGUGUAGUGUUUUGGAUUAGAGUGGCGGGAGAUUCCUCUAAUGUCAUGCAUAUCAAGAGAAGCUCUGUACUUGGUAGAAGGCGUCCUCUUGCGCGACUACCCUGAUCCUCCUGACCUCACUCAAUCAUCGCAGCCAAGCCAUUCAUCGUCGCUUGCUUUGCUCCCCUCGUGCACCUGUGGCACCGCAUCACCGCCCCCUUCACCCUCCAUCGAUCCUGGCACCCUACCCUUCGCUCGCUUCUUUGCCCUCUUCUUCGCCUCGCGCUUCUUUCGUUUUCGGCGCUCCUCGGCACUCAGCGUCAAAGCAGGAGCCCCAUCUACCUCACCCGUUCCAGCUCCCUCCUCCUGCCCUUCUUCCUCCCCAUCGUCUCUCUUGCGCUUCUCGCCCUCCCGUGCCAUCUCGCUGUCCUGCAGCUCCUGUCCGA